AUGAAUGGAUUUACCUCUGCGGUUGUGUUCCACGUCGAGGAGAAACUGGAAUAUCCCGGCAAUGCAAACAGCAAACAGCAAACAGUAAACAGCAAACAGCAACGGCAACGGCAACAGCAACAGCAACAGCAACAGCAACAGCAACAGCAACAGCAACAGCAACAGCAACAGCAACAGCAACAGCAACAGCAACAGCAACAGCAACAGCAACAGCAACAGCAACAGCAACAGCAACAGCAACAGCAACAGCAACAGCAACAGCAACAGCAACAGCAACAGCAACAGCAACAGCAACAGCAACAGCAACAGCAACAGCAACAGCAACAGCAACAGCAACAGCAACAGCAACGGCAACGGCAACAGCAACAGCAACAGCAACGGCAACAGCAACAGCAACAGCAACAGCAACAGCAACAGCAACAGCAACAGCAACAGCAACGGCAACAGCAACAGCAACAGCAACAGCAACAGCAACAGCAACAGCAACAGCAA